AUGCCGAGUGCAUCUUUUACGGCCUCUCGGUCGUAUGUAAGAAGAUCCCGCAGAAAAGGAGUCAACAGAAUACCUACGCCUUCAAGAACUACGUCUGAACCAUGUGAGCCUUCUUGCCCCAUCCAGCCAAACUUGAACAUAUUGGCGGCGUCCGCCGGUCCCCUGGGCGGCCCGCAAGCGGUCGCCCCGCCCGGCGCCAGCACCAGCGGCGGUGCUGGCGGCGGCGCCGUCCCUGCUCACCAUUCCCCGUACGACCUGCGCAGAAAGUCUCCGCACCACGACGGUCCCGGACCCAGCACCAGCGCCGCCACCGCUGGUUCGCCCACCUCCCCGGCCACGCCCACCGCCCCCGCUCAGGGUUACUCCUGCUCGAUGCUGCCCGCCAGAAAGCGCCCCCGCAGGACCUGCUCCUCGUCCUUUGAAAAUUGUACCAACACAGCAGCUCAUUACUUGCAGUACGAGUUGCCCGACGAAGUAUUGCUCACAAUUUUUAAUUACUUGCUAGAGAUCGACUUGUGUCGCGUGAGUCAGGUGUGCAAGCGUUUCCAGGCGAUCGCGAACGAUUCGGAAAUAUGGAAGCGGCUCUAUCAGAGCGUUUACGAGUUCGAUUUGCCGCUGUUCAACCCGGCGCCGUGCCGUUUCGAGUUUGUCAGCCCGGAAGAGUCCGAGCUGGCGAAUCCGUGGAAGGAAUCCUUCAGACAAUUGUACCGCGGCAUCCAUGUGCGUCUCGGGUAUCAGGACAUUACUUUUAAGGGUAGAAAUUUAGUGUACUUUAAUACGGUGCAGGGCGCGUUGGACUACGCGGACGAGCGCAGCGGCAGCAACAGCACUACGGGUUCUCUGACCGGCUCGUGCAGCAACCAUUCCGGGGAAAGCCCCACGCAAGGCACCCUCAUAUUCCUGCACGCCGGCACCUACCGCGGCGAAUUCCUCGUCAUCGAUUCGGACAUCGCUCUGAUCGGUGCCGCGCCCGGCAACGUUGCCGAGUCCGUCAUCCUCGAGAGGGAAAGCGAGUCGACGGUGAUGUUCGUAGAGGGCGCCAAGAACGCCUACGCUGGACACUUGACCCUAAAAUUCUCGCCAGAUACCGCCAACUCUACGGUGCCACAUCACAAACACUAUUGUCUUGAAGUUGGCGAGAAUUGCAGCCCCACAAUCGAUCACUGCAUUAUCAGAAGUACCUCAGCUGUGGGUGCCGCCGUUUGCGUGACCGGUCCGGGCGCGAAUCCGGUGAUCCGGCACUGUGAUAUAAGUGAUUGCGAGAAUGUCGGUCUGUACGUGACCGAUUCGGCGCAAGGCACCUACGAGGACAACGAGAUCAGUCGGAACGCGUUGGCCGGCAUCUGGGUGAAAAACUACGCCAACCCCAUCAUGCGUCGCAAUCACAUACAUCACGGACGCGACGUUGGAAUAUUCACGUUCGACAAUGGAAUGGGAUACUUCGAUUCAAACGACAUCCACGACAACCGGAUCGCCGGUUUCGAGGUGAAGGCGGGCGCCAACCCGACAGUGGUGCACUGCGAGAUCCAUCACGGCCAAACGGGCGGCAUAUACGUGCACGAGAACGGUCUCGGCCAGUUCAUCGACAACAAGAUUCACUCAAACAAUUUCGCCGGCGUCUGGAUCACGUCGAACAGCAACCCCACCAUUAGGCAGAACGAAAUCUACAACGGUCACCAGGGGGGAGUCUAUAUCUUUGGAGAGGGUAGAGGACUGAUUGAACACAACAACAUAUACGGUAACGCGCUCGCGGGCAUUCAAAUAAGGACUAACAGUGAUCCGAUAGUGCGACACAACAAGAUCCAUCACGGGCAGCACGGCGGCAUCUACGUGCACGAGAAGGGCCAAGGGCUGAUCGAGGAGAACGAGGUGUACGCGAACACGCUGGCCGGCGUGUGGAUCACGACCGGCAGCACGCCGGUGCUGCGCCGCAACCGCAUACACAGCGGCAAGCAGGUGGGCGUUUACUUCUACGACAACGGCCACGGCCGGCUCGAGGACAACGACAUCUUCAACCACCUCUACUCCGGAGUGCAGAUCCGCACCGGCAGUAAUCCGGUGAUCAGAGGCAACAAGAUUUGGGGCGGCCAGAACGGCGGGGUUUUGGUUUACAACGGCGGCUUGGGCUUGUUGGAGCAGAACGAGAUUUUUGACAACGCCAUGGCCGGGGUUUGGAUUAAGACCGACUCAAAUCCAACGCUCAAGCGCAACAAGAUUUUUGAUGGGCGCGAUGGUGGAAUUUGUAUUUUUAACGGCGGAAAGGGCGUUUUGGAAGAAAAUGACAUCUUCCGUAACGCGCAAGCCGGCGUUCUGAUCUCGACGCAGUCGCACCCGAUCCUCAAGCGCAACCGCAUCUUCGACGGCCUGGCCGCCGGCGUCGAGAUCACCAACAACGCCACCGCCACGCUGGAGCUGAACCAGAUCUUCAACAACCGCUUCGGCGGGCUGUGCCUGGCGAGCGGCGUGCAGCCCAUCGUGCGCGGCAACAAGAUCUUCAGCAACCAGGACGCCGUCGAAAAGGCCGUCGCCAACGGCCAGUGCCUCUACAAGAUCUCCAGCUAUACGUCGUUUCCGAUGCACGACUUUUAUCGCUGUCAGACGUGCAACACCACCGACCGCAACGCCAUCUGCGUGAACUGCAUCAAAACUUGCCACGCCGGGCACGAUGUCGAGUUCAUAAGGCAUGAUAGAUUUUUCUGUGAUUGUGGCGCUGGUACGUUAACGAACCAGUGCCAGCUGCAAGGGGAGCCGACCCAGGACACGGACACGUUGUACGACUCUGCCGCCCCGAUGGAGUCGCACACUCUCAUGGUAAACUAA